GAAGACAACGUGGUUUAUAGUGUAUCGAGAAUGAAAUCCUCACCGGCUAGCGAUCAAAAUCUAUCAUGUAAUCUUGAUAUAAAACAGCCAAACAAAACGUACAUAGCAGCAUGGAAAGACAGGGACGAGUUCGUGGCGGUGUACAAUCAGAUAUUUCAGUCUGCCGCAGACGAUAUCGAGGCGAUGGAAAAGGCCAUCCAGUGGCUGAAUGUGUGGAAAGUGCGCCAGAAUAAGCACAUUCCAACCUGCAUCCGGUGUACGUUGGCCGUCCUCGAGGCACGGCUGUUCGAUGUCCGGUGUCAGCGCGAGGGUCGCGAAAAUGCCACCGAAACGAAGCACAUCUACGCCGGAGCGUUUACCCGUUUCAUCAACUUCAUCACCGAAGGUUCGGCAACUUUCCGCUACAACAAGGCGAGCAUCGCGGAUUUCGUGCGUGGCCAAGGCAUCGAGUCGUACAUGGUGGAGCUGCGGCAUCUGUGCGCCCAUAAGUCGGUAUCGGUUUCGAUCGACGUGUUCCGCCGAUCGGCGCAGUACUGCCUGGACUGGCUGAAGGUGUCGUACUGGGAGCGCGAGAUGGCGAUCAUGCAAUCGGUAACGAUAUUCACUGUCAAAACCUUGGAACUGCGAUCGACCAUUAAGUACACGGAAAUGAUCACCAAGCUUCGGCAGUUCGAUGUAGUAAGUGGUGGCCGGGCGUUGGGCUGUGAAACGUUACCUGAACUCGAGGAAAAACGUAACGACGACGACUUAAGACUGCUGGAUGAGUUCGAAUCCACCAAGCUCAAGGCGAUUAGCGAGCUAGUUUUAACACGCCUUCGAGAGAGGCUUACACCGCCGCGGAACUCGGCCGGCGUUAGAGCCUUGUGCAAAUCUGUGCUUGACAACUGCAAACGACUGCUACUUUAUCCAACGGUUUGGAGGAGCGAACCAUCGGUUGGUUCGAUUUACAAUGAAUUUUUUCGAUACCUUGCCGAGGUUGGUUGUUUACAGCCGUUUUUCGAGCAGCUGGUAGCGAUCUGCGAAAACGGAGCCGAAGCCGACAAUCUGCGUCGGGGAGCAAAGUAUUGGGCCCUGAAGAUUGCCGUGGGUUUCCAGGUGCUAGCCCAGUUCAAAAAGGUCUGCAAAUCGUUACCUGCGUCACAACUGGUACGGUUCCACGAGCUGAAGUGCCACAAGGCGAAGAAGCGGGCCCACAUAUUCUUUAAUGACUAUCUUACUCGGGUACUCAAGACGGAUUGCCGAUACCAGCUGGCGCUUGGUCUGACCGUCGACUGUCCGUGGCAUUUGAAGCUGUCCCGUGUGUACUUGCUCGAUCGAUUGGCAGCGGUCAAUCCGUACACCCGAGAGAUCGUAGCGGUUCUCCUAUCGCUGGCGCCACCGACGAUGAAAAAGCAGCAGCGAAAAAUGUCGGCCUUAAUGCAAACCUACCUCGGUGAAAAUAUCAGCAUGGACGAUUUCGAGGAAGCUGAAAUGGAGUGUACUAAAAAAGGUACCGCGGUCAAAAACCACUCUUCGAAGGCGACGGAAAAAGAACUGAUGAACAUCUACUCGAAGGAAGACGUCAUCAAAAUGGUGGUCAGCAAAAAACGGGCCGCCGGGGAACAGUUGGAAGGGCAACCGGAAACCAAACGUUGGGGCCCGUGGAGCGAGUCACAGGAACCGAUUGCCUGGGCAAGAUGCCCUCUGGGAACGUAUCACAUCGGUUUGGCAAAGUGAACAAACUCAUUCGAAAUAAUACCUUUGAAAAGGGGUAAGAAUAAAAUAUUUUUAAAAAUGUGUUUCAAUGUUUGAAACGGGCAUCG